GUCAGGUCCGGGUAAGCGGGUCCGGGCAGUGCGGGUUUGGCCCUGAGGUUGGGGUGACGCUUCUGAGGCUCCAGCAGGGUCUCCCUGCGACAUCGUAGACCUGGUGGACCUGUCCGGGGGGCGUCCCGUUCCCUGACAGCACGUGUGCCUGGUGCUGCAGGGAUCCUUGCUGCCCAAGAAAUGUCUUCGCUUUCAGAAUAUGCCUUACGCAUGACUCGUCUCAGUGCCCGGCUGUUUGGUGAAGUUGCCAGGCCCACUGAUUCCAAGUCUAUGAAAGUGGUGAAACUGUUCAGCGAACAGCCUUUAGCCAAGAGGAAGGAAACCUACGACUGGUAUCCCAAUCACAACACGUACUUCGCGCUCAUGGGGAUUCUCCGGUUUCAUGGCCUCUACAGAGAUGAGCAUCAGGAUUUUAAGGAGGAGCAAAUGCGUCUAAAGAAGCUUCGUGGAAAAGGGAAGCCAAAGAAAGGAGAAGGGAAACGAGCAACAAAAAAGAAAUAGUGUUGGCCUGUGCAGAGGGAACUUCCUUCGCAGAGACUGAAAGAAGCAUGUGCGUUUCUUGUCUUGCUCACGUUGGACGAUGUUCCUGGUUCUCAGUAACCUGCCUUGGGGAACACAGUCAUCUCCACGCCAAAGCCUAAUGCAGUUAAAGUGUGACAGGGCUCCUCAGCACUCUAAUUCUGCAAAAUCAUUCUGGUAUUGGUUUUGUAAGCUGAUGUUUAUCUAAUUGAAUGAAUCGCUUCAUCAAUG